AUGGGACCGACCAAGAGAACGGCUCCUGCGCUCAUAGGAACUUUAGAAGGGUCAAUCCAGCCUCCUGGUGGAGCUACCAUCAAUGGAUUUAGGGGAGCGGCCGACGUUGCGCCGCCUGGUGCUGGUGUGGUACCGCUCAUGGUCGAGCUGUAUGAGGAUCAACUACGGACACAAGACGAGCAAUAUCCAGGACAGAGAGAAUUCGAACAAAGAGGGAAGACCAAAGCCGCCUGGCACGCUAACACGGCUCAACAGGGUUUCAUUCUUGCGCUUGCGUUGCACCGUCUUAAUAUACCAUCUACGGUCUUUGAAGCACGAUCUGAAAAUUACAAGCAAGGCGGGGGGCUCAUGCUCUCCCCGAAUGCCUUGCGCGCCCUUGAAAGUCUUGGCCUGUAUGAGCGCUUGCGUGUCAGAGCACUGCAAUUUGACAAGCUUCACUUCAAGAAUGAUAAAGAUGAGACCACAGACAUCUAUUAUUUUGGCUCUAAGGUUAUGUAUGGCUAUCCAGCCGUCCGCGUCAUGCGCAAGGAGUUGCUAGGUCAAAAGCCUAGAUACGCGGGCAUACUAGGCAUCAGUUGCGUUGUACAGCGGUCACAGCUCCGCAUCCCUAAGGAUUAUGGCUUGCCUGCGAUCGCCAUGGGUAAGCCAGGAGGCCUUUUGGUUGUUCCCCAGAAGCCCGACGGCUCCGAAGUUUACGUCGGGGCACAACGACCGUUUGUAGAAUUGGAUGAUUGGAACAUCCUCCGUGAGGACAAGCAGAAGCUCUAUGACAUGGUCCAUGAAAACCAGUUCGAUUGGCCAGAUGUUAUACAAUCAUAUUGA